AUGCCUAAAGCAGCAGCAAAAGCUACCAAGUCCAAGGCCCGUGGAGGCGACAAGAAGAAGAAGGACCCCAACGCGCCCAAGCGAGGUCUCUCUGCCUACAUGUUCUUCGCCAACGAUCAACGUGACACCGUCCGUGAGGAGAACCCGGGUAUCAGCUUCGGUCAAGUUGGCAAGGUCCUUGGUGAUAAGUGGAAGGCCCUCAGCGAGAAGCAACGUGAGCCAUAUGAGAAGAAGGCCGCCACCGACAAGAAGCGGUACGAAGACGAGAAGGCCAAGUACAACGCCGCUGCUGAAGAGGAUGAGGAUGAGGACUAG